AUGGCAUGCCAAGUCAAAGGAACAGCAUUCAUCACCGGCAGCGGCUCAGGAAUCGGCAAAGCGACCGCCAUAUCUUUCGCCCAAAAUGGCAUCGAAUCCAUGGCUUUAGUCGACCUAAACCUCCCUCUCCUCGAAAGGACCCGCGAUGAGCUCCGAGCCCUGUUCCCGAAGAUCAAAGUGGAGGCAUUCCAAGCAAACGUUGCCGACGAAACAUCCGUCGAGAACGCAGUGCGCGAGACGGUCGAGCACUUCGGCGGUAUUGAUAUCGGCAUCAACUGCGCUGGAAUUAGUGGGGCGCCUACUCCAACUGACCGGAUGACACUGGCUGAGUGGCAGAAGGUUAUCGACGUCAACCAGACUGGUGUAUGGUUGUGUCAGAGAGCUUUGAUUCGGCAGAUGCUGCAACAGGAGUCCCGCGGUGGCCGUGAAGGGCGAGGCGUCAUUUUGAAUGUCUCGUCGAUGUUUGGUGUCAGUGGUCCUCCUGGGCCAUUCGAUAUCCCCCACUACACAGCAGCGAAACAUGCGGUGGUUGGCUUAACGAAGAUGGACGCGAAAGCAUACUCGCGACAAGGAAUUCGCAUCAAUGCCAUCUGUCCCGGCUUCGUCGACACUCCCAUCAUCAAACAGCAAAUUGAAUCUGGAUCAAUGAACGCCGUCUUUGAAAUGACACCUGUUGGACGCCCCGCACAAGUGGAGGAGAUUUCGGACGCGAUCCUUUUCUUGUCCUCGCCCAUGAGCAGCUACAUGUGUGGUGCAGCCAUGGUAGUGGAUGGAGGAUUUACCGUCUAG